AUAACUCGGGAUAUCGCGGUGCGGGUUUAUCGAUUCGAGUCCGGUGCUAAUUGUCUUGGGCCAUUAGCGAAUGAAAGGGGAAAAAAAACCCCCCAGCUCGUUAGCCGUGGCAGUCGUGUGAGAUCGGACUGGCGAGGUCGGACUAACAGCGCCUUAUCGUGAUGGAGGGGUCUCCAGAGGCGGUGCGCCCUAGUUGCGAGGCCGAUGGUGGUUCGGUGGUGUUUCGGGCGACUACGAGAGUCUUAGGCUUUCUUUGGAGCAACUGGCUUGUAUUCGGGUUUGGCCUCGCGUGUGCCCUUGGAUACCUUUUCCCUAAUGUCGCGGCUCGCGGCGGAGUUAUCCGCUCAGAGUAUUCGAUCUUGUACGCAGCUAUCGGGUUGAUCUUCCUGAUCAACGGAAUGCAGCUCAGCCCGGCGAAGCUCAAGGAACAUGCAACAAAUUGGCGCCUGCAUAUUGUCGUUCAGGGUAUAAGCCUUGUCAUCAUACCUAUCAUUCAGAUUAUCAUAGUCCGCAUUAUCAUCGCAGCUGGUGGUGUGAGUUCCGGAACGAUCGACGCCAGCAUCCUCGUCGGGAUGGUCGUGGUCAGCUGCAUACCAACUACCGUCGCCUCAAACGUAGUAAUGACGAGGAAUGCGGGCGGCGAUGAAGCGGCUGCCAUUAUCGAAGUGGUGAUUGGCAAUGUAGUUGGUUCUUUUCUCUCGCCAUGGUUGAUCUACGGCUUCCUUCCCACCGGUGGAGAGUUUGACGCCCUCAGGCCAGCUGAACCGACUGCCUUGGGGCCCAUGUAUAGGAAUGUCAUGCAGCAACUUGGCCUCAGCGUUCUGGUUCCGCUUGCCAUCGGCCAAGGUCUGCGAUGGACGUUCCCGAAACAAGUUACCUGGACUCUAAGGACAUUCUACCUCGCUCAGUUCUGCUCUCUCUUGCUGAUGCUGGUGGCCUGGUCUACGUUUUCAGGCGCGUUCCAGACAGGGGCCUUCACAGCUCUGCCCAAGUCCUCCGUGGUCUUCAACGUGUUUGUGAACAUCGGGGAGUACCUCUUGUUUACGGCCGUCUGCUACUGGAUCUCCUCACCGCCGGGCGUGGUGACUAGGCUGGUCAACAGCCAUGUAGCUGACUCGCGACUCGGCCUGCGUCUGCCAGGGGCAGCGAGGAGGGCUGUGACGAUGAGAAGGAUGCCAAGGGAGCUCGUGGUUGCCAUCUGCUUCUGCGGAGCCGCGAAAACCACAACCUUAGGGAUUCCGCUGACAGCAGCCAUGUGGUCGCAGCUCGACAACCUGACGAUUGCAAGCAUCCAGGUCCCAGUCCUCUUAUAUACGAUGGAGCAAGUGUUCGUAGCGCAGUUCUUCACUGUAUUCUUCAAAUGGUGGUUGCAACGAGCCAAGAAAGAUGCAGACAGCGAAUCCACAGCAGAGGAGCUUGAAGCUGAUGCCCAGGCCAAGGAGGAGAGUAAGGAGGAGAGCAGUAACAACAGAGGCAUCUUGAGUUGAAACAGAAUAUUUCCGUAUGCUAUGUGCACCACCAGAGCAUCCCCUAUUUGCGUUGGACGCUGUAGGUAUCGAGAAAAGACAAUGGGCGCGAGGAAAUGGGGAGGGAAUAAGGAAGAGAUGCGACGCUCAUAGCAGAGAGAAGCCGUAAGGUAGAAAGAAGAUCAGGGAGAGCUAGAACAAACAGCAUCCGUCGAUAGAAUAUAUCCGUAGAGCGCGGCUACAUGCAUAUUUUC